UGUUUCAAUGCUUCAUGGAGAAAUAAUAGUUGAACGUGUCUGCUGGCGGUGACAUGUGAGCUACUGUGCUAAUUUGCAUUCAACAGACGGUAUUUGAGCUAACCUGCUAUUUCUCUCUAACGUUAGGCGGGGAUAUUUGUCUCUCAGCUCGUAUUGGACGUUGCUUGCUAACUAUCUAAACUAGCUAUCGUUACCAGCCUGGCUGCUCGUCGAUAAACAGAUUUGUCGUCGCUGAAGUUUCGACCUAGAUAUUAUAAAUGUCUAAUUCCACUGAAAGGAGCCUGCCGCCGGAGUGGGACGACGACGAGCGGAUGAAUUUUAUGUUCUCCGACUUCAAGGAGAACCGUGAAGUGAACACGACGGACUGGGACAGUAAAAUGGACUUCUGGACAGCGUUGGUCAUACAGAACUGCAGGGACCGCGGUACCGUGUGUGUCAACCUGCAGGACAUGAACAAGAGCUUCAGGAGGAAAGAGAAAUCACCGCUGGGCUUGCCGACGGUGAUCCAGUCCAUGGCCAGAUGUGGGAAGAUUCAGAGGGAGUCAGAGUUUGCUGCCAAUGUGGAUUGUGGUUGGCUGUCCUGGGGUGUUGGCCUGCUGCUGGUGAAACCUCUCAAGUGGACCUUCUCCACUCUUCUUGGAAGCAGCCAUGUGACUUUAGAGGAGUCCUUUGUUGUCAUUGAACUAGUGAAGGAGAAAGCAGCAGAAUUACUCAGGGUCUACCGGAGCAGUGAAUUUGCAAGCCGCUCCAUCUUAUCAUUUCAAGAGCUCUGCACACUCUCCUCAGAUGUCUGUGCUGACGAGAGCACCCUCUGCAUGGCUCUCCUGCAGCUGCAGAGGGACAAACAAGUGACGGUUUCGUUGCACGAAGGCGAGAAGAUUGUAAAGUUUUGUCAGCCUGGGCAGGAUCGCAUCUCUCCUGUCAGUGAUGUGGAUAUAGGAAUCUACCAGUUACAGCGCAGUGAGAAACUGCUGGGAGAGCGGGUAGAGAAACUGGGCCUCGAAGCUGACAAGUGCAAAGAGGAAGCAAGGGUUCUGCUUCGGGAUGGCAAAAAAACUCAGGCACUGAGAUGUUUGAGAGGCAGAAAGAGGGUAGAAAAGAGAGCAGACAACUUGUUUGCCAAACUGGAGUCCAUCAGAGGUAUCCUGGACAGAAUAGCACAGUCACAGACUGAUAAGAUGGUUAUGCAAGCAUAUCAGGCUGGGGUUGCUGCCCUGAGACUUUCUCUUAAGGAUGUGACAGUGGAACGUGCUGAGAGCCUUGUGGAUCAAAUCCAGGAGUUAUGUGACACUCAAGAUGAGGUGAACCAAACUAUAUCUGGUGGUGUGACCAGCGGAGAUGAAGACAUGGAUGAGUUGGAGGAGGAAUUGAAAUUAUUGCUGAAUGAGUCGAUGCCGGAUGCAGUUUUACCUGAAAUUCCAACAAACCCCCUCGGACCCAUACGGGAGUUGAGCCUCCCAGGUAAAAACCUGCCCACUGUACCUCAAAGCCACCUGAAUAUUACCACUGAGCAGCUGGAGGAAGAAUUGAAUCAAUUAACCCUAACAGAUUCAGGCUUUCAACAGAAGAAUUCGCCAGCCAAGAGAUUAGAGCCUGCACAGUGAUGGCACAGUCAAAACGAGUUUGAAGCUCUGCAUCAACACAUCAACAUAAAGUGUAUCGUUUUCUGUCAGGUAGAGUUCAUAGAGGUAAAAAAAGCACUAAACUGACAAUUGCAAACUAGUAAUUGCAGGUGUUGUAAAAAAUGUGUAUCAGAAUGAAAACAAGUCACUUUUCUUCAGUUAAUAAAAUAAAGAAUGCCUUUGCUGUGGACGCAUGCCAAAAAGGAUUUUUUAAUUAUCAUGCUAUUCAACUUGAAAGCUUUCAGAUCUACUUAGCCAUCAGAAUCAGAGAGAAUAUUAAAGUGAAUAUUUUAACCUAAAUGAAAUAUUCCUUUGGUAUGUCACCAGUAGGAAUGCUUUUAAUUUUGAUAUUUUUUGACAAAGUGUAAAAGAUGAACUGUAUUUGUCUGAUAAAGUGUUUAUUGACGUGUGUAAAUGUCUGUCAUUGACAGUCCUGUGGAGUGUUUUAAGUGGCCUUCUGAACUGUAAAUAUUAAACUAAAGUAAAUUUAGUUUGCCAAAUGAAGACUGAAAAGCAUACUUUAAGUGAGUUUAACCAAAUAUGUUUCCCAGAAUAAAAUUU